AUGAAGAGAGCCCAAGAUGGGCCGGCGCAACCGCAGGCCGCACCAGGACCCAAGCUACUCAAUAGGCGAGAUAUAGAUGUGCCCGAUGAUCUCGAAUCAGCGUGGAAAUCAUGCUGGACCGAGCUGCAGACCAAGAUCAGCAACUCGUCAGAGGCCGACGCUGUCGGAUUCCUACAAAUUAGGGCUGGAGAAAGCCAAGAGCGUCACAACGAGGUUCUCAUGGCCCUCCUCUUCAGCGUGUUCACCGUUCCCCAGGUCUCCAUGCUGCACUGGAAGUGGCUGAGCAUGUGCCAACGAGAUGACUGGGACUUCUGCGUCGGUCAGCUCAAACGAAUCGCCCUCGAUAAAUUCCACAAGUUAAUGGAGCCCUGUAAAAAGCAAUUCAUGUGGGUCCUCCAAGAGCUUAUCCGUGCUCGAGCCAAGAACCUCGACGGCGUCUUCUCUGGCCUGCUGCGACACGUUGCAAGCGGCGACUACACGCCCAAGAACACUCAGCUCGCUGCCUCCCUGCUUAAAAUGCUGCAGGAUAACAAGGCGUGGCUAUACGCGAGUCCGAGACUCAUCUCGGUGGUGUACUUCACCUUCACUCGCCUCAUCACAGACCACCUCAAGCAACCGGCCUUGACCGCGCUGCGCCAACAAGAGAUCAAUUUCACAAGCACUCUCUUACGCGAGAAGUUCGAAGAGGUGCGCGUCAUCGGACGGGAUCUGAUUCGGCUCAUCGACGAGAACAAGAAAUUCCCCGAGUAUGAGGUCAUCUGGAAGGACCUGCUCCACAAGCCCAACACAUUCAGUCCCACCCUCACCAACAUCACGGACCUUCUCUCCGUGCGCACGCCGCCCAAGUAUUUUGCCUCUCGCCUCACCCCGGACAUGGAAGCCCAGCUCAUGUUCAUCCUCAAGAACGUGAAAAUGGGCAACCAGAAGCGAUAUCAGACAUGGUUCAUGCAGAAGUACAUGCCCGCCACCGACAGCGAGACUCUAGUGCCGGAUCUCAUCCGCUACAUUUGCUGCAACUAUCACCCUCCGAACCACGUCCUCUGCUCAGACAUCGUGCCUCGCUGGGCAAUCAUCGGCUGGCUACUCAAGUGCAUCAAGACCAAGUAUGUUGGUCACAGCGCGAAGAUGGCGCUGUUCUGGGAUUGGUUUUCGUAUGACCAAAGAACGGACAACAUCAUGAAUAUCGAGCCGGCCAUCUUGCUGAUGGUGCACUCCAUUCCCAAGUACCCCGACAUGACUGCAACUUUGCUGGACUUCCUUGCGACCGCUAUCGAGUCGUUCGACGAACAACGCCGCGAUUUUGCCCGCAAGGGAGUGCACAAUUCCUUCAGCGUGUGUCUCGGAAAGAACGUUGUCACAUCUCUCGCUCCGCUGUUCAACUGCCCGACACUCGAACCCAGCCUCAAGAAGAAGCUGCACCCCAUCUUCCGACCUUUCCUCAAGGAGGACCAAAAGCCGUCUGGCACCUCUUCUCCUCUCCUCUCCUCCGGCGGAUCUCCUACGCUUCCCUCUUCGCCCCUGGUUUCGCCGCAGAAAACGCCCCAGUCUUCCUCCACGGGACAGACCACCGCCACCCUACCCAAGCUGCCCUUCCCUCAAUUGGCCGAUGCCGACGCUUUUGUGGGCCGGAAAGGACCGACUGGUGGACUGGACAAUUUUGACCUGAUGCUGAUGGACAAGCCGCUCAUCAGCCCGAAGCGACAGGCAUCGCCAACGGAAGAAAUGUACAGCCGAACUGAACCGGUGGCCGAAGAAGUCGCAGAGGAAGAGCCGGAAAAGGGCAAGUCCGUCGCCAGGACGGACAUUCCGCAAUCGCUGUUGCCGGUCGAGCGACCGCUCGGGAAGCUGAUAGACUCGCUGAGUGAGGAUGGCAGCCGAUCGUUUGAAGUCCAGUCGAGUAAUCUGCACCACCUCGUCGCGCACUUUGUAAAAAUGUCCUCGAGCGCGAAAUACUCCCAGGAGGCGGCAACGGACCUGGCUCAGUUUUUCGCAAAUGCUUUGGCGAAGGAGUUCGUCGACUUCGCUCCCGAGACCGUUCUCUCCGCCAGGCCCGCGCUCCACUUCAACCUCUUUUCCGCCGAGCCUUCUCCGCCCUUUGCCCUGCUGGACAUCCUCCACGAGCUGCGCCUCCUCAUUCCCUCUCUCGGAUUCCGAUUUUUGGUGUGGUUGAUUGUGCAUGGCAUUAAGGGCAUCGACAGACGUCGACGAAGCCUCAAAGGACUCGAUGAGAGGUCGCCGGAGGACGAGAACGACCACCACAACGGCCUUCUCAUGGAGAACGUGGACAAUGGCUAUACCUACAUGGGAGAACUUCAUGAGGACAUUUUGAGCCCCUACGCGACUUUAGUUGAACAUAGCAUGAGCAAGGGGUCGGCAGAAUCUCAGGAUUACCCAUUUUUGUUGGAUUGCAAGUGGUGCGCGGAGGAAUCGAUGGAUCUGUUCGCGCAAAUGGUGCCCUAUGUGUUCCGGUACCUGCCGGAGUACGUGCGCGCCUAUCGAGUGGAGCUGGUGCAACUUAUCGUGGCCAACGCCGAUCCGACGCACAUCGAGUCUCUAGCCUGCAAGCUGACACUGGGCGAGUUUGAAAUGUUUGGCCCGCGGGACGCGCCAUUUGUAAUCGAGCAAUCGCUUGGCUGGGACAGCAUCAGCCAGUUUUGUCUAUGGCAAUUCCUGACGGCCGAGUUCAAUCACGGCGUAGACGGUGUUGAGGAGGUGGCCGCAGAGGCCUUGGAUAUCCUCCGACUGCAGGACCGAUCACAGACUCAGGCGCUCGCGCCAACGCUGCUUCAGGCCGUCUUCGCGCUUCCGCUGUCCUUUGCGCAUCUGUCGUGCGCGCUGUUCAACCAGUGGAGCGCCAGAGACGUGCGAGCCUUCUUCCCGCUGCUCUUCGGGGAGCUGCAGCGGGUCAUCGCCAAGAGUGUGGCGCCCGCCGAAGCCGCGACGAACGACGAUGAAGACGAAGGCGAAGGGAGGGAGAGUCGAGGCCGUGUAGAUAGGAAGUAUGCCAAGCGCGUGGCGGGGCACCUGGACAGGUGGUGCCUCGUCAUGCGGGCCAGCUUGAGGCGAGGCCCCGACGCCGACAACCUCGCUGUGCUCUCGGGUCUCCUCCAGCGGGUGCUGCGCGCCUACGAUCUCACCGCCAACCACUACGACGGCCUGCCCACCCUUCUGCAAGAGCGGCGCGGCAGCAACAACAGCAGUGUCGGUAGCCCUGCGGCCGUCGACCCCAACAAGAAGCGAAAGCGAGCAUCGUCGGGAUCAUCUUCAGCGACGACGUCUUCGGCUCUGUCGGCCACGAUCGGCGGCGAAACUGCGGUCGAGCGGGACAAGAGACGCCGGGCGCUGUCCAAGGACGGCUCUCCGCACCUCAGCCCGGGUGGAAGCUUCGACCCGCACGCCAAGAAGCGACGGCUCAGCCCCACGCUCGACCACAACGACGCCGCCUCCGACGACAGCGACAAUCGGGCCGUCUCGCAGGAGCUCGAGCUCGAACGACAGCAGAACGUCGGCGAGCGACGGAGCGGCGGCUCGGUCUUGGCGGCGUCGUCGCCCCAGCUGUCCCGGCAUAGCGCCGGCAGCGGCUUCAGGCCCGGCUCGCCCUCAGUCCUUCCCCAGGGGUCUGGCCAGCGACACUCCUCCAACGUCUCGCUCACUAGUAGCAGUGGCGGCAUACCGCGCCGAGCAUCCAAUGGCGCGCUAGAUGAGAACAAACCCGGCCGACCAGAGCCGCCACCGCCAAAGAGGAAGCGGAGCCUUUCGGGUUCAUCGGCCCACCUGCGACCACCAGAGGGUGCUGCCACCAGCGACGACAGAGACGACACCAAGGGCGAUGGCGGCGCCGACGCUGGCGCGGCCCGGAAGCGAAAGGUGAAGCGCAUCAGCAUGGAACACGAGACCGAGUUCGACCAGUAG